AUGGAAACUAACGACGAUGAUAAUAACAGGCCAGUAGCAAAAAAGAAACCGAUAAAUAACGAACAAAACCUGGCUAUCAUUGAUAACUUUCGAAUUUUGGGAGGGCUUUUAGUAGACAUUGUCCUUAGCGCUCUACAAUGGCUCAAACCGAUCCUAUCCAUCUUCCUUGCACUCUUUCUCGCCGUCUAUAUUUCACACUUUUCUCUCACCUUCCUAUCAAACACCGUCCAAGAUCAGUUUACUCUCACAAUAUGCAAACUCCCCUUUGCCUCUGCUUUGCCGCUGUGCAAUUCUCAUAUUCCUGACUUUACCCGCCUGGUUGAUCGUCAGGUCGAAACCUAUGAACAAAUAAUGGACCAAGCCCUUGCAAAGGAAGGUGUAACCUCUUCCUUAGCACUCGACAUAAAACGAGCCGAAUUGGCGACCGGAGAUUUAAGGACGUUGGUGAAGUAUUCUACGCUAUCUACUGCACCAGAGUUGGUAAAUCGAUUGAGUGAGUUUAUGGACAAAUCAAAGUCAAUCGGUAGAGACCUGCAAGUCUUACAGGCUCGAACAAGAAGCUCUUUGGAUAAUCUGAUAACGUACAACAUGUUUGCUUUGAAGACGUUGGAAAAUGUGAGAGACGGGAGAGCAACGAGGAGAGAGCUGGCAAGCGCAUAUGAAAAUAUGAUGUCUCUUAUGGAAGGUGAUUUGGAAAGGAUGAUUAUAAAGGCACAGGAUACUCUUGGGAGUCUAGCAGUCCUAGAUGAAAUGCUAGUAGCAAUUCAUGAACUAGUCACCCAAGAAAAAGCCUUCCAAACUACCGAGCGUGAGAAGCUUCUCGCCGAACUCUGGUCCGUCCUCGGCGGAAAUCGGAUUCAAAAGCACAUGUUCAAAGAAAAUCUCGAACUUCUCUCUCAACUCGACAGCCAACGACGAAAUGCAGUCGUUCAAGUACAAAUGACGUUGUACAGCCUCACAUCAUUUCAAACGGACUUGGAAGAACUGCGAGAACAAGUGCUGAAACCAUCGUUGGUUGACUUACCUUUAGAGUUGCAUAUCGAGAAUGUGGAUAAAGGGAUUACUAGGUUGAAGAAUAGUAAAGUUGCCAUUAAAAGCUCUGAUGAGGGAACCGUUAAGACUAUAGAAUAA